AUGACGCUACCACCAACCAUCGCCUCGCGCUUCCUAUCCCACCCCAACCACCUGGGCGUCGUGGCCGUGGGCUUCAAUGGCGGACAGUGCAAGAAGGGCGUGGAGGCCGCGCCCAUGGCCCUGAUCGAGUCCGGCCUGCUCACCCAGCUGCGCGAGGAUCUCGACUACGACAUCCACCACGAUAAUAUCAUCCACUACUACGAGCAGGACAUCCCCGCCGAGGACCCGGACCACCGGGGCAUGAAGAAACCGCGCGCCGUCAGCGCCGCGACUGAGCGCAUCAGCUCGCAGGUCUACAAUUACGCCAAGGACGGCAAGUUUGUGCUCACCCUGGGCGGCGACCACUCCAUCGCCAUCGGCACCAUCUCUGGCACAUCCAAGGCGAUCCGGGAGCGGCUGGGCCGCGAGAUGGCCGUGAUCUGGGUCGAUGCGCACGCCGACAUUAACGUCCCCGAGAUGAGCCCCAGCGGCAACAUCCACGGGAUGCCAAUGGCUUUCCUGACUCGGCUGGCCCGGGAGGACCGCCCCGACAUCUUUGGCUGGCUGAAGGAUGAGCACAUUGUCAGCACGCGCAAGCUGGUGUACAUUGGCCUGCGGGAUGUGGAUCGCGGGGAGAAGAAGCUUCUGCGGGAGCACGGGAUCAAGGCGUUCAGCAUGCACGACAUUGACCGUCAUGGUAUCGGCCGCGUCGUAGAGAUGGCUCUCGCUCACAUUGGCAACGAUACUCCCAUCCACCUUUCAUUCGACGUCGAUGCGCUGGAUCCGCAGUGGGCGCCCAGCACCGGCACCCCGGUGCGCGGAGGCCUGACCCUGCGUGAGGGUGAUUUCAUUUGCGAGUGUGUCCAUGAGACCGGAAACCUGGUUGCGAUGGAUCUGGUCGAGGUGAACCCCAGCCUCGAGGCCGUGGGUGCGGCCGAGACCAUCCGCGCGGGAUGCUCGUUGGUGCGGAGUGCGCUGGGCGACACCCUUCUGUAA